CCCUUUGUUUCAGUGCUUCACUGCGCAACUACAUGUUUCGAAGAUCUUAAGGUAUACUGGGGGUACGACAUCAAGGUGCCCAUGUCCCGGCCCGACAUGAAAUCUCUUGAAAUCGGCAAAACGAAUGUCUCUUCCGAGCUUCGAUUCGCAAGAAUUCCAGAAGUUACUCUACAAGUUUGUGGGAAUUGAAACGUCCUCGUUGGCUAGCUCAUCCAGGCACCUUUCUCUACUUGCGACCUACUCUCAUCGCUACAAGUGAGAGCAUAGGAGCUUCAAUGCCCACAGAAGCACUGAUGUUUGUUGUUUCUGCCUUGUUUCCAGCUCUUUACAAACAGUCACCCGUCUCUGAAGCACGUCCAGAGCGGAAGACGAGUCUCUACCCUCACUUCCACCCACCAUACAUGACAUGGCAUGAGAUUACGAGCAUGCAACAAGGACGUUGUUCGUGCGUCCCGCGGGGGGGGGGGGCCUUUGGACACGCCAAGGUCGGGGGGCAAACUAUGGACCAAGGAUAUGGCCUGCUUCAGAGCCGAAAUAGCCGACUUCUGACCGGAUUCCCUGGCUCGUUGGCCAAGAAACAUAUGUAUCCGAGGCUGGUGGGAGCAAUUUCUUCGUCACAUGGCAGAGUGAGAUGGGAGAUCUCGAACUUGUGACUGGUCCUACAACGAUCGAAACCAUUUUCGAAGGCGUGACGAGGAUUAGCGUCCUUGAUUUGGUUCGAGGCGAUUUAGAGAGAUCAAACUCUAUGAGAGAGAUUUUACAAUUCAUGCGGUAUUGUAUGCGCAACAAAAUGGGCGAGUCUUGGAAGCAUUGGGGACAGGCAUUGAAUAUUUUAUUGCGCCCAUGCAAGGAUAUCCGUUUUGAAGAUGCGGAUAUUGUCCUGAUACAGGCUCGAGGAGUCGAACCCACAUGUAACAAUGCGAUUAGAGGCAUGUUGGAAGAUAUCAUGCGUGGUAACACUCGGCAUGAGCGGGCAGUUAUCGUGAAAGAGAUCGAACUUGAAAAUUGA